CAAUUUCGUCUUUUGAAAUUUUGUCUUUUUCCUUUUUUAUUUUCAUGAAAAAGAAAAACUGCAAAAAGGAGAAACAUAGAGUCACCACCCCCAUUGCCGGUGGGGCGGCGGCAAAGGUUGGUGACUUUCACCAUCUAGAGGCAAGGUCGUUGUUUAGGCGUCGGCAAUUUCGUCUUUUGAAAUUAAUAUAAUGUUUUUAUUUUUUUAAAAAAAGAUCUAUUUUAAAUUCUUAUUUUGAUAUUUCGAAUAUUUCACAAUAAAAAUGAUAAAAGAAAAAAGAAUCCAAUAAUCAUAACUAAAAGGUAAUUGAUCUGGUUACAUUAGCGGCAAAUUUGGAGGAGGAAAGCUUCAAUGCCAUCAAGCCGUCGCUGUUGCCACGUCCACGUGGCGCGAUCUCAAAGGGGCCUGUCCUCCAUCGGCGCGGCAGCAACACGAGUCAGGUACGACCAUUCGGUUGCAGCCUUGCAGGGGAGUGCAGAGAACGUCGCGCUUCGUCGUCUUCGUCUCCAUCUUCUUCGUCUUCUUCGUCUCCCGCAGCGCCGCGACUCUCUCUCUCUCUCUCUCUCUUCCUCCUCCGUCCUUCCUGGAAACCCUCGAGAGAGGUCGAGGAUCGGGCAGGACGACGGUUGUAGCUGCCGGGGUGAGGGAGGCGGGAGAGCGGGGGGCUCUACCUCUGUUAUGCUGCAUUGCCUCCGCUCCCUCAGGCAACCUUCCGCGCCUUUUUGGCUUUUUCCGACUUUCUUGCGGGGAACGUGUCGGUUGAGCUUCGAUCGGCAGCCGGUGUUUGCUCGUUUCUCCUAUCGCCGGAGCUGGAGCUGGGAGUCGGUUGGCGAGGACGUUACGCACGCCGGAAAGGGGUUGGCUGGCUUCUUACCCGCUUCUGCCGACCCGCGUUCGAGCCCUGCUUAAGCGAUCAUUUUAUCAGCUAAUUCGCGUAAUGUUCUCGUGUUUACGAUAUCGUGGUGACGCGUGUUCGUUUGGUUUGUGGGAUAACGAAAAGACGGGAAAGAAUUGUUAGUAGGGGAAAGGGAAAAUCACGAAAAAUAUGAUCUUUUCUGAAAUCGUGCAUGCAGUUUUGAACCUCUACAGUCAAAUGUGUUGAGGGGGCGAUGGUUGUUUCCUCUGCGUGUGAUCUUUGUUACCGCUCUUCUUCUUUGCACCAUGACAGGUUUCGGGCUGGCUAAAGGAUGGAGCCAAGCCAGAAUUGCGGGAGCAUCAGGAAGAGGCCUGCGGAGCAGGCGAUGAAUGAUGGUGAUAUCGACAGGAUAUAUAGAUUCACCAUAUUGUUGCCUAAUGGGACUACCCUGGGAAUCGCGUUAAGGGAACCCAACCCGACGAUGGCCUCCGGAGAUUUCAUGCUGAUGGCCAAAGAAAGGUACAAUCGAGCCAAAGCGCAAGAUCCAUCGCUAAGGUCCAAGCGUCCCAUCGCAUGGGAGAGUAAUGAGUUGCAUCUCGAAGAUGCAAAUGGCAACCGGAUCAAAAGUCGAAUUAUUUUCGACAACUUUAAGCCUCACAAGCGCCACAUCUUGCGUUUUCACGAUGGCUCUGGCAACACAACUGAUACUUUUGAGAAUAUGUGGGAUUUAACGCCUGACACGGAAUUGUUGAAGGAGCUACCUGAAGAAUAUACUUUUGAAACUGCUCUUGCAGAUUUGAUAGAUAAUUCCUUGCAAGCUGUAUGGGCUAAUCCCCUGAAAUCUAAAAGAUUGAUUAGCUUGGAUAUAUCUGAUGAAAAGAUCUCCAUCUUUGACACUGGCCCUGGAAUGGAUGACAGUGAUGAGAACUCUAUAGCAAAGUGGGGAAAGAUGGGUGCCUCACUUCACAGAAAGUACAGAGUUAAGGCAGUAGGUGGAAAACCUCCGUAUCUAAUGCCUUUCUUUGGCUUGUUUGGAUUUGGAGGACCAAUUGCCUCUAUGCAUUUGGGAAGGCAUGCCAUGGUUUCUUCCAAGACUAUGCAAUCUAAAAGAGUAUACAUGUUACAUCUGAAGAGAGAAGCUCUAUUGAGCAGAUCUGGUUCUCAACACUCUUGGAAAACUGAUGGUGGCGUCAGGGUUCCUUUAGAAAAUGAAAGCGCAAGAGCACCUCAAGGAAGCUUCACGAAGGUUGAGAUUUUCAAGCCUAGAAUGAAAAACGUGAAUCUAUAUCAACUCUCGUGCAAGCUGAAGGACAUCUAUUUCCCAUACGUUCAGAUUUUUCAGACAGAUCUGCGUUAUGUCAUCUUCGUUGCCUGGACUUGUGGUGGUGGAAAGUUUAAGUACUGCAGAAAUUGGAGUAAAUCAAACACUGCUGUUGAUUUUGCCAAAUAGACGGUAUCAUAAUUACUGUGUUGCUCCUAUGAAAAGUUACUGCUAUGGCACAUGCAAUAAUGCUAUAAUGCCAUCACUGCACAAUGUUCAUAAAUGCUGCUACUGACCACAAAGUUGGGUUCAGUUAGCAUUGUGGCCAAUGUGGGGUAUGGCUUUGGUCAAUAUUUUUGAGAGUAUUACUCCUGGCUAUGAUUUAAAACUAUGCUAAUGAGUUCUCCCUUCUGGCGAAUUCAUAACUGUUACUGACUUUCUGGAUUACUGGGGAUAUCAAGGUAGAGCAAUGUCUAAGAUAGCAAGUAGUAGGUAAAAUGGUUUUUCAGAGUUAUGCAAGUUUGCUUCUUCUUUGUAAGGAUUACAUAGGAUGCCUGAAUUUGAUUUAUAUCUAAUUAAUUUGAAUGU